AUGAAAUAUCUCAUAUUUGUCUUGAUUGGAUGCCUCAGUGCUGGGUCUGGUCUCUGUGUUAGUCGUAGUGGCUCCGAACCUGAAUGGAACACUUUUAAAGUUACAUGGGGUCCAAAUCCCCUUAUUGCAGGCACGGAUUCCUACGUGCUGACAGCCUACUUUGUCGAUCCGCGUACCAUUUGUACAUCGGGUCGAGAUGAAGCUCGUCUUAAACUUGAGGGCUCAGGCACUGGUCUUUGGCUACAAAAUGGAUCUGAUCCUAUUCGUGAUUCAGUUCCGAUACCAUUGCAUGAAAAUACAAUCAACACGACGAGAUGGGUAUUGGGCUCGUGUUUUCCAUCAAUGGGUGUUCAUUACUGGUACGAUAAUCGGCUCGACAAGGAAUGUGAUGAAAUAUUUCCUGUCUUUCUCCUGUACAACAAAGGUAAAUUGACAGGGUUCGGAUGGGGUCUUGCCGGCAAAUAUGAAUAUACAAAACGGACAGAACCUGUACCAUACGGAGCAGUUUCGAAGUUUAUGAGGAUUGUACCAACCUGCUUGGAAAAGUAUUUCGAGGAUAUCGGUGGAUUCACAGCUAUGCAUCUUUACUUCAAUACAGCGCCGUGGAAUCUUCUCUGUUGA